AUGGGCCGCGACCUGAGAGUUGGCGUCAUUUCUCCGUACACCUGCCACGUGUUCGGCAAUUCGCGUCCGGAGCAGUCUUCCAGUUUCUCCGACAUAGUUGCUUUGUCCGCAACUGCACCAGAUCCGGUAAACGACUCCGGUAAACGGCACAAAUCUGCUUCAGUAGAAAGUGACUGAACGAGCCCGCGAGCAGAGAGCGACACGCGAUGCAGCACUGGGGAACAAAUUCCACAAACUGCCUGAUCCAACGUCAUCCAGAAGCGGCACACUGGUACACAACCUGUCGUCAAAGGAACUGACGAAGGAGCAAGCACAGGUUUUACGGCACGAAGCCUCAUUCAACACAGCUGACGCCAAACCUGCCAACAUGAUUGCAGCAGUGGAAUCGGCCAUUAAUCAGACGGAAGCGGCGGAGGAGACGAAGAAUCUUAUCCGACACCAAGUUACGUCCCUCCUUAUGACUCACAAGCCGCGCGAAACACUCACAAAGGUCGAACGCCAUGCACUAAGAGAACUCAAGGCCGACAAGAACAUCGUCAUUGUGCCCGCGGACAAGGAGCGUUCCACCGUCGUACUGGACAGAACAGACUACGUUCAGAAGGCCAAAAACCUACUGGAGGAUCGCCAGUUCUAUGUCCCAUGUGAAACCAACCCCAUAAAAACGCUGACACGCGAAAUUAAUGCAACACUGUUGGCACUGGAGAAUUCGGGUGCAAUAACAGCGACCGACCGACGCAUGGCGAGAGCUAAAGAAACGGUUUUGGCCCGAUUCUAUGGUCUCCCAAAGGUGCACAAGGAGGGCGCUCCUCUCCGGCCCAUUGUUUCGCUCAAAGGCACUCCAACGUACGGACUGGCAAGAUGGCUGUUUCGGCGCCUCAAAUUUCUGACCGCUGAUUCGGACACCACGGUCUGUUCGUCAACGCAAUUCCUGGAGAAGCUUAAAGGAGUAAGUCUCUUGCCCAAUGAGGUCAUGGUAUCUUUUGAUGUCACGUCCCUCUUUUCUUCUAUCCCCCAGGAUCUGGCAAUCGAGACCGUCCAGCUACUCCUACGAAACAAAUACGAUGAAACGGAGAAUCGCCUCGGACAUGCCCAAGUCCUUCAGCUCCUAAAGUUCUGUCUCAGGACGUACUUCACGUUUGACGGAACAAUCUACGAGCAAGUGAAGGGAACACCGAUGGGCUCGCCGAUUUCGGGAUUCAUCGCCGAGGCGGUGCUACAGCGGUUGGAGUCGCUGGUCUUCCAACACCACAGACCGAAAUUCUGGGCUCGGUAUGUGGACGAUACCUUCGUCGUCAUCGAACGGGAUCAGGUGCUAACGUUCAAAGAACGUCUCAACAGCGUCUUCCCGGACAUACAAUUCACGAUGGAGGAGGAAGAGAAUAACCAGCUGGCAUUCCUUGAUGUCCUCGUCUGUCGCAAAGAUUGUGGUGGCCUAAAGACCAAAGUGUUCAGAAAAGCAACGAACACGACGCAAAUUCUGAACUUCAACAGUAACCACCCAAUCUGCCACAAACGCAGUUGCGUAAGAACGCUAUUUCGGCGUGUUGAAACGCAUUGCAGUGAACCGGAAGACAAGGUUGCCGAAUCCCAAUAUCUUCGACGGGUUUUCCGAGAAAACGGUUACCCGCGCAACUUCGUCAACCAGUGCUUGCNACCGCAUCCUAUAAAUACUGCGACUGCCUGUACACUAGCCACCCUUUUCUGCAACUGUCUCUGAUGAUGGAUUCAAGAGAGAAUCCGAAACGUCAGGCGAAUAAAGCCAUUGUUCCAGCGAUCGCUUCUUCUUCUGAUGGAGUCGUUUCAGACAGCACCCCAGUUGUAGAUUGAGCAGACUUCGAGAUUCCCGGCUCAGUGUUCGCGAAUUCACUUAUUCGCGCAUUCUUUUUUCGUGCAGCAUAUCCAAAACAUUCGUCAGUUGUAUUCAUCUAUUUUAGUGACUAAAUAGAUUUCUUAUCAUAAAAAUGAUAAUACUAAUAUACUAAUAUUAAUGUAAACAGCAAACAGUAUUUGGUGUUUGGACAUUAAUCCGGGUAGUUGUAAGUCAUUUUAAAUGAGUCUCAGGGAUUCAUGGAUUUAAACUAUUUGCGGUUAGAUGUGGCCCCCUACCCCCGUUACUAAGGGGCCAAAGGAGGCAAGGGAUUUUUCCCCUCAUUCCCCCAUGAAAGAGGCAUGUGAUAAUUUGCAGAAAUCCGUUAACUGGGCCAUCUGAAGGAACGUUUCCGGUUUCUCAGUGAAGGGAGUUUUCCUCGAGAACGUAAACGAUGAAAAAGCCUGUUUUAGACCACUAUGUGUUUUUUUUAGGGUUAGGGUUAGGGGUGGAAGUUAGGGGUUAUAAUUCAGGUUGUGAGUUAGGGCAACUAUUUCUCAACCACUCAAAUUACAACCUCGCAUUCCCAAUAGCCUUUCUUUUGCAUACAAUAGCUUGGCCUCGUCGCCUGUGCGUUCCCCGGCCCCACCUCUAAAAAGCUUAUUACUACUGGUCGUGUAUUACAGGUGGCUGGUUUUUGCUUACUUCGAGUGGGGCUACAUAACCACAUCUGACCGAAUUAUGCCCUUGAAGCCCCCACGGGGAGACAUGAGGUGAUUUGUAGAAACUCGUGAACUGGGGCAUCUGAGAGAACAUUUCCUGUUCCUCAGUGAAAGGAGUUUUCCUCGCGAUCGUAGACGAUGAAAAAACUUAUUUCAGACCACUACGUAUAUACCUAGACCUUCAUGUGCCCCUUUGAAUUGGAGUUGUUAGGUCAGACGGUCCGGCAUCUUUUCAGAAAUGCAGCUGCUGCUCUGGUUGUCAAUGCAUGGCUGGUAGACCAUCGAUAGCAACAGUGGUUAGGGGCAUCGGACUUCUAACUAACAAAUCGCGAGUUCGAGCCUCGGGUGUUCCACACUUCGGGCUUGGGUAUUUCUGACUGACGACGACUAAUAAGCCAGAAAUGGCCAUUCCAAUCUCCCUUGUCUUUGCCGGUAAUGCCAUUCUGCCUAUAUCAUGCGCCGCUGUGAGGCUGCUGGUUGAGCUCUAAAGAGAGCCCGUAAGGCACAACGGAACGAGUGAGUUCCGUAAGAACGGUCGAUGAGAGCUCCUCUACCAUUGUUCAUUCCCGAUCGAAACCGACAGGACAACGGGCCCGUGGCUCAGUGGUUAGAGGCAUUGGACUUCUAACCAACAGGUCGCGAGUUCGAGCUCCAGGUGCUACUCAUAGCUGGGUUUAUCAUGCGCCGCUGUGGGGCUGCUGGUUGGAUUCGUGAGAGAGGAAGAGUCCGAAGACACAAUGGGACGAGAUCGAUGAGCGCCCCCCUCUACCCACAUCUGAACGCUUGUAAUCGGUUAGAAACAGAGGAUGUCUUUCGGACUGACAUAAGCAAUCAAAAAGACAGAGCUUCCUGGUGAUGGCUAAAGCAACGGCCAAUUCCUCGUUGAGUAGACAAAUCACCCUUCGUCGCCCUAGGGCCAAGGCAUGCAUCCCAAACGUCAUUGACUGUGGCACGCGCCCUUUACUCGCCCCAGCUGCCCACCAAUCCCCUAACAGCCGACCUCUCCCAGGGGUUAAUUCAAUAAUUUCGGACGAAAAUAUUAAAGGGCUACGUUGGAUAACUGUAGAAAUGUCAGAGCCCACAUAAAGGACUGGUGAGUCAGUCGGUUCAGGUGUCUGCAGGAAAAUUGGUGAAAUGCGUGUUUGGCAUAGCGCUUUUCCACUAAAUUAGUAAUAAAUGUGGAAUUCGUGAAGGCAGAUCGCGUAAUACCGUUCCCCCCUUCCCCACCCUGUCGGUGAACAUCAACCUAACGAAGCACAGACAUCAUCCACCAAUGAAAAUUUGGACAGGUGAAACCCCAUGCAUGCUUUCCAGCAUCGAUAAGACCAGUCGAGUAGUGCUCAUAGCUUUUUGAAUAAAAUUCCUCACACCGUCCCGAUUUGCGCAUUUUUGAGAAGAACAACCACACAUUUGCGUAAUACUCACCCGACCGAAUCAUCCUCCUGACUCACCAGGUUGGCACGGUUUUGACGACAGACGCAACCAGAGACGUUUUGGCAUGCAGGCCACUCUCAUGGGAUUCUGCUAUUUCUCACCCUAAGGUAUGAUCGCGUUCGACAGUUGUUCUUACAAAAGGCAAAUGGAUAAAAAAAAGCUCCACUGCUUAAAUCUCUAGUGGCUGAAAAAUGCAGUGAGCGACCGAUCUCAUGAAAUGUUGGCUGAGAUUCAGAAAUGCGUUUUCGAAUAGAAAGGAUUACUUAGGCGCAUUUGUAAUACUGGUUAUUUUGUGGUAGAAUCCUGUAAUAUUUCGGACUUAGCAGGACGUCAGCUUUUUAAUACAGUGCUUUUCAAUCUUCUGUAGAAACCUUUCUCAGUAAAAUAAAAUGACUACUUAAAUAGCAUGCCUUUUGCCAUUGAUUUUCGAUGGCCUUACACAUUCAAAUAUAUUUUAUAGAAACCACGAACAAAAAUAUGCUUUCUUUCAGCCGUUUGACAGAAAAUCACGUCACAGUGUUCCACACAGACGGCUUAUAUUUAAACUACGUCAAGUGUGUUUGAAUGGAAAUCUGUUGAAAUGGUUGGCCGAUUUUCUUACGGGCAGAUCUCAGCGUGUGUGUAUCGAAAAAGCUAAAUCUGAAUGGGCAUCCGUGCACAGUGACGUUCCGCAGGGGAGCGUUCUGGGUCCAAUUCUGUUCUUAAUAUACGUGAAGGACUGCCUGGACUGUCUGAACUGCGAGCGCGUAACGUUUGCCGAUGAUCUCAAGUUGUGGAAGUCAAUACAGAAGCCGGAAGACUCUGUACAGUUACAAGACAGUCUGACUUACUUGCAACAAUGGCGUGAUGAGUGGUGUCUUAGCCUCAAUCGUAACAAAUUUCAACUUAUCCAAUUACGAUCGAGCAACAGGGGGCCGUUGAGAUUUGAGUCUCACUACUUUAUAAGAGGUCACCAACUCGAAUCAGUCAACCAGUUAAGAGACCUCGGUGUGUGGAUAGCGUCAACUCUUAAGCCAUCGUCUCACUGCGCCAAGGUAUAAAAGAAAGCUAUGGGUAUCCUAGGCGCGAUUAGAAGAUCCUUCCUCAAUUUUGACGAAGAUUUUUUCGGCUCAGUAUUUGGAUCACUUGUUCGACCAAUGCUGGAAUAUUGUUUUCGGGCAUGGUGUCCCUAGACGAAACAAGAUUACACCCUACUGGAGAACGUACAACGAAGAGCAACCAAGCAAGUCGGCGGAUUAAGUAGCUUACCUUAUGAGAGAGGCCUGGAAAAGCUAAAAGUAUUUCCUUUAUCUUAUAGACAAUACAGAGGGGAUAUGAUCAUGGCCUUCAGGAUCGUCCGAGGGCUAGACUGUGCUCUUCAGGUUGACGAUUUCUUCGAACUGUCGCGGACUACAAAUCUUCGAGGACACCAAUACAAAUUGAAGCUAAAAUAUGCCAAACUCGAAUUUCGGGCUAAAUUCUUCUCCCACCGGCUGGUUGAAGGAUGGAACAAAUUGCCGAACUCCGUUGUCUUAGCGGAACACGUUGAGACCUUCAAAAGAAGACUAGAUAAAUUUAUGCUUGGUGGUCAAACAUUUAUGCGAUAUCAAUGAUUGGCAUAACUGCUAUGCAAAUAUCUGCAUGUUUUUUCAAACAUCUGUCUGUAAAUAGGGCUUUCCAAGGCUCUGUCUCUAUCCUUCAUAUGUACUGAAUACUGAAUUUUACUGAAUCUUUAUAUUUUAUACCCGAAGAAGGAGUAAAAUUAGGUUUUGAAAAAGUUUCUUAUUACGAGAUUUUUUAAGACCGCGCAAUGUCCAUUCAUAUAGCAUCUUACCUGCCCGUUUGCCACUGCUCCUCAUGAAAUUAACAACAUAGUCCGCAUCCAUUGCAGAAUUUUAUAAACUCUAUAUGAUAACUUUUUAAAGGCAUAGAAGAAUAUGUGAUUUUCUUUACGCGGAACGUAUACUCCUUGUAGACUGAAAUCACUGAGCGCUAAUGCAACGGCUGAUCAGCCUCAGAAUUAUUCGGUAAUUAGAAAACUCUUUUAAAACCUAAUUAUACUCCUUCUUCGAGAAUAAAAUAUAAAGAUGACGUGGCUGUCUAUCAAACGACUGAAAGAAAGCAUAUUUUUCUUCGUGAUUUCUAUAAAAUAUGUUUGAAUUUGCAAGACCGUCGAAAAUCAAUGGGAAAAAUGCAUGCUACAUAAGUAGUCAUUUUUACCGAGUACAGUUUCUGCAAGAGGUCAAAAAGACGUGCAUUCAAAAGCCGACAUCCUGUUGAGUCCGAAAUAUUAUAGGAUAAUGUCGCAAGGUAAUAAGUAUUACAACCGCGCCUAAGUAAUUUUUUCCAUCCGAAAACGCAUUUUGGAAUUUCAACUAACAUAUCAUGAGAUCGGUCACUCACUCUAUGUGUAUAUCCAAAAAACAGCUGAAUUCGAGUGAAAUUUAAAGGAUUUAUUCAGCGUCCUGAAAUAUUUUGAUGUUUUCGAUAGUAUUUGCGGAUGGACUGAGUAUAUCCUUAAAAUAGGCUGAGAAACAGGCCGUCUUAUAUUACGUUUAAUAACGGUUUAUCUAACUACACUCCUGACCCAAACUACUGUAAGGGACUUCCGCCCUAUCUCUUCAUGGCUGAGCAGAAUUUUUUCUGAGCAAGAAAUCUGAGAAAGUGCAAGAAAGAAUAUGUUUUACCUGUUUUCGGAAGAAAUAUGAUCAGAUUUAUUACAGUAUCGAAAAAAAUUGCAGAACUUUAUUAGUCACUUUAGACAGUAUGAUUUUUGCGCAUCCAAAGGUCGCCAUACUAGCCUUAAUGACAUGUCUUACGACCAUGCUGCAUGAUACUCAAUCUUGUAACCCCGCCUAAGUGAUCCGUCUACUGAAACCACAUUUCAGAAGUUCACUUAAUGUCCCUUGAUAUAUUUCGCUUACUGCGCAUCAGUAGUUCGUUCUAAAUCAUCUUGCUACGCAAGUAAUCCAUAACCACUGGAAGAAACUGUCUAAUGCACUUCCUAGCUGAAACACAACAUCCUUGGCUUGCAGUUAAGUUGACGGAUGGGGGCGUUUGAAAGUCAGUCGAUUUAAUGACCCUUUUAUCUGCAAGCGUCUCUGAUGAUGGGUUAGAACGAGAAUCCGAAACGUCAGGCCAACAAACUUCUUGUUUCAAUGGUUGCAUCUUCUUCUUCUUAAUGACCCCUAUCAUCUGCAGGGCAGUUAACCUCAGAAAUUCCAAAUAAUAUCAAGGCUAUUUUAUUGUUGCACGAGAAGCCUGUUGUAAUGACGAAAACCGAGGUUUCAACAGCCACGGGAGGGGGGACACACACCGACCAAAUUGCGGAACUCACUCGUCCCGUUGUACCUUGGGGCUCUCUCUCUCUAUCGAGCCCCGCCAACAGCGGCGCCCAACGUAGGCAGAAUGGCAUUAACGACAAAGACAAGGGAGACUGGAAUGACUACUUCUGGCUUUUUAGCCAUAAUCAGUCAACCCUACCUCGACCCCGAGGUACGUAACCCCCGACACUCGAACUCGCGGUCUGUUGGUUAGAAGUCCAACCCCCUAAACAUUGAGCCACGGGCCCGUUGUCCUGUCGGAUAUGAUCGGGUAUAUCAACAGUGGUAGAGGGUACGCUGUUCAGUCGUUUUUUUUAUGAAAAACACUCGUUGCUUUAAGCAACAGCCGCUUGCACACACUGUUCGGGGGAUGUCGAUGAGGCCUGUGAGAAGGCGGUGACUCGAGCAGCCAAACCUCGUGUCUCUGGCGAGCCUAGACGCCAUCGGUAGGGUUGAAAUUCGGGUAAAAACUAACCAAUGAAGUGCGUGAACUUCCACAUACGCUUCGUAAGAUGAAACAAUGAUAUGCUGCAUUAUGCAUGUGCUCUUUGCCACUGGGGACAAGUGGGGGAGUACAGAAAAUGUGUCAUCUCAAGAACUGAAAUUUUGAAAUGCGCUAUUGAUUCGAACAAAUUACUUAGACAGAGUUGAAAUGCCAAUUACCAUACAACAGAAUCCGCAAAUAUUCCAGGCAUACCAGGAUUCUGCCUUUUAACGAGCUUCUUUUUAGCCGUCUGCACAGACCAGACUACUAAAGUAAGUAGUAGUAAGUAAGUAGUGUGCAUUUUCCUAUCGAUUUUCGAUGCCAUUAUAAAUUCAAAAGUACUUUCCAGAAAACCUACACAAAAAUAUUCUUCCUUGUACUCAUUUGGUAGCAACUUGCGUCUUCUUUAGAUCUUAUGUUUGAAAAAAGUGUUUUCGAUGUAAAAAAAAGUUUAUAAUUAUGAACUUUUUGGAGAACUUGAAACCCCCAAUGAUGCAGCAGCACAGUAGAACACUUAUUUAUGCUUUUUAAAGUGGACGACACGGUCCGCAUUCAUUCAAAAGUUUUGUCAGCCCUAUAUGACGCCUUUUUAAAGGCGUACAGAAAUGUAUGGUUUUCCCUACACGCAAAGUGUACAGGUUAUAGUUUGGGAACCUUGAAUGAAAUUGUAAAAGCACCUCGGUUUCAAAAUUACUCUGGAAUGGAAAAAGUCUUUUAAAAUCAAAAAAUCCUUUACCUCAAGCAUAAAAUUUGAAGAGUAUGUAACUUACUACUACGCGAGUAUAAAAAAAGAAUGCUUUUUGUAUGUUUUUUGGAAAAUAUGCUUGAAUUUAUAAGGGCAUCGAAAAUCAAUAGGAAAAACCAUACCAUAUAAAUAUUCAUUUUUAUGCGUAAAGAUUCGAGGUCCAGACAUUGUAUCGCGUUCAUCAUCUCCCGAAGAAGACGAAGAAGAAGAGAGGGCGAAUUCAUGGACCAUAUUGUAUUCGAACUGACGUUUCGGAAACUUCCUCGUUUCCAUCAUCAGAGUAGCGUAAUUGUUGCACUUGUCGGUCUUGAGUUGUUCAGUCUUGCCGCUUGCCUCGUAUUAUAGCCGUGUUGGACGCACGAACUUUGACCUGCCUGUUUGCCGCUGACUGGCUUAGACCAUGAAUUCGCCCUCUCUUCUUCUUUGUCUUCUUCGGGAGAUGAUGAACGCGAUAUUCAUUUUUAGAAAAUGUGUUUUGUACAGACGGUGGGAAAGGCAGCAUCCUGGAGUAACGCAGUUACCGUGGUAUUAUGCUGCACGAUUCUGAGUGUCACGACCCUACUUAAUCAAACUUUUCGAAUCGGAAACACAGUUCAGAAUCACAGUUAACAUUUAAUGAGAUGGCAUAUCUACUGUAAUUUAGCCCACUAGUGAGUAUUAUUUCCAUCUAUCUGAAAUACAGCGGAUUUUCGUUAACCUGCAGUUCAGCCGAACGUCUGUCAUCUCAUCCAGGCGAAUUCUGUGUGGCUUCGCCUCUAUCUUGAAACGCCUCCCUCCCUUCCCUUCAUCAGUUUGUCACAAUUCUAGGAGCCAUUGUGACGUUUGUAAAUGCUGCUCAGAUAGCAUGCAGAGGAUCCAUAGUUAUAACAAGGAAAUACCCAUGGUGCGUGGGACUGGGAACAGAUGGAGAGAGAGAGAGAGAGAGAGAGAGAGAGAGAGAGAGACCGACACCGGGUAAUCUAUCUCCGCAGCACAUCGGGGCUCGAGUCUACCACGGUGCGCGAAAAGUCAUGGCUUAGAAGACUGCCAAUUGACGAGGCAACUCUGCCUUCUUGGAGUGACUGGAGGACUGAGAAUUGGGCUUGCUAGUACCUCCCGCCUGAUGCGGCCCCUGCGCUUCCCCCCGUAUGUGAGAUCCGGGUUGUUUGGCACACGUAAGGGGAAGCGGAUCGCGUGCGGCACGCGUAGACGGGUUGUUUAACUUUGUCAGACACUGCGUCCGAGCUCAUCCCCGGUCGUCUUGAGAUUAUCCUGCCAUCGGAGUCAAGCCGGUGAGGGAAGGGAGAGUGGGGUAAAGCAAGUCCGCCUCACUAUAACCUUAUUAACACGCAAGUCAUCGCAAGUCAUUAAUAAAUUCAAAGGUAUCCCGAUAGCUAUGUGGCGAUAGUUGAUACUGUAGAGACCAAAGUUUCUCUGCUAGCCACUUUGCUGUCACAUUAUACGAUGAGUUUCUCAUGCCUAGGACUGGACGAACCGGUGUGUCAUCUUUGUGAAUCUUUGGCAAGCCAUAUAACCGAGGUAUAUGGGUGCCGACGGGUCGGAGACGCUCUAGGUCGUGCUUACUUAUUAAAUCACUCGCUUGAAGUCCUUCCAAACAGUCAGUCAGCCGUGCUUCCACCUCAUCUGUUCGAUCCUUCUCCUUUUCUGCCUUUCGGAACUUUUCCUGGUCCGACAGUCCUGUCCAUCGAAGCAACACCAGUUCCCUUAUUAUCAUGUCUUCGUUUCGCUGGGGUUGCUUUAUUUUCUCAAUAUCCGACUUCGUCAGUAAGCCUCGACAGUUACCCACAGUUACCAUGGGCCAAAGCCAUCAUGCCAGGUACCCGUCCCAGUGCCCACCAUCCCCUUCUCCUCCCUGACACUGACGGUAAUUUUGUUUUUCACCGCACCCACCUCCCCCCACCAAAAAUCCCAGCAACAGAAUAGCGUCUGCUUUCCCACAUUUUCCUAUUGGUGUACAGAUCUGGAGAGGAUUUAUCGAAAGCAAGCGUAUACUCACCAAAUUGUCUUUUUAACUCUGCAAUGGGAAUUGUCGCAACUCCAAAACAAAAACCCUGACCUCGUCACAGCGGCUAAAACCAUAUUGGGACUCUGGCCACUACAACCUUCAGGCCAGGUCCUGAACAGAAAGGGAAGUUGGACUUCAGUUGUAAAUGCAUCGUAUUCUGCGACAGUUCGAUCGUCGUUGCCGACAAUGUCCACCGUGUGCUCUACAGGGGGACUUGCUCGUGAAUCAGUUUAUAGUGAUAGUAGACCUGCACAGAAUCUACUGCACUCCCUCCUCCUCCUCCUCCCCACCUGGGCCUGGUGGCAUGGCCAAGUCAAGGAAACCGGAAGUGGAGGAGGGCGCAGGUGGCUGGCACGGCAAAGACCCGCAUCUAGGCGUACCACCACACUGGCCAUGA